AUGCACGAGAGGAGCUUUAACUCAGAGUGGGAGGAAGGAGAAGUACUCAGAGUGGGAGAAGGAGAUAAUCGAGUGGGAAAGAAGGGAGAUCAAAACAGCAUGAAGGGAUACCCUAAGGGAUUUCACAUAAGAGAGGCGUACACUUUACAGCUGAGAGAAAUACAGGCUCCAUAUAAGUCAAUGUAGGCAGCAGCAGUCCAGACAAGUUCAAUUGGAAAUCUUCAUUUCAUGUGCAUGCUUCCUUACUGCAACAAGACAUUCUGGAGAUGAGACGAUGGCGUUUGUGCGGUCAUCAUGGGAUACCCUGACUCAGAGCUCUGUUGCUUGUGUCUCUCCAUCAAUGUAUAUUAAAAGCUGCUAGAUGUUGCGUGAAAGGAUAAUUUAGUCUCCUGGCAUGAAGAACAGCAUGUAGCAGCUUCCAGAGUCUUACCUGGCACCCUAAAUGAUCUCCUAUAAUGAAGUUUCACUUGGGAAGACCCAAACAGGACAACUACUGAGCUGGAUAUAAACACAUUGCACCUGCAUGAAAUACAAAAAGUGAUGGCAUAAAGUAUGGCUCAGUUUUAUUACAGAAGAAGCAACAGUUCUCCUUUUCAAGACCGAAUUCCGCUCCGCAUUGUACGUUCGGAAUCAGAACUCUCCCCGUAUGAGAAAGCAUACCUGGUCUCAGUGGAGAAAGGCGAUUAUGCCAGUGUGAAGCAAGCACUGGAAGAAGCUGAGAUUUAUUUUAAAAUCAAUAUUAAUUGCAUCGACCCUUUGGGAAGAACAGCUUUACUGAUUGCCAUUGAAAAUGAGAACCUUGAACUGAUUGAACUUUUGCUGAGUUUUAAUGUCUAUGUUGGAGAUGCUUUACUACAUGCUAUACGAAAAGAAGUGGUUGGAGCUGUUGAACUACUAUUAAAUCAUAAAAAGCCAAGAGGAGAAAAACAGGUUCCACCAAUUCUUCUUGAUAAGCAGUUCUCAGAAUUUACUCCAGACAUCACACCAAUAAUUUUGGCUGCUCAUACAAACAAUUAUGAAAUCAUAAAACAUCUUGUGCAAAAAGGAGUUUCCAUCCCCAGGCCACAUGAGGUCCGCUGCAAUUGUGUGGAAUGUGUCUCCGGAUCAGAUGUGGAUAGCUUGAGACACUCUCGAUCAAGGCUUAACAUCUACAGGGCUUUGGCCAGCCCUUCUUUAAUUUCACUGUCAAGUGAGGAUCCUUUCCUGACAGCAUUUCAGCUGAGUUGGGAGCUGCAGGAGUUGAGCAAAGUGGAAAAUGAGUUUAAAUCUGAGUAUGAGGAGCUGUCAAGACAAUGUAAGCAAUUUGCAAAAGACCUUCUGGAUCAGACAAGGAGUUCCAGGGAAUUAGAAAUUAUAUUGAACUACAGGGAUGAUGGUGGGCUGUUGGAAGAGCAGAAUGGUAAUGAGCUUGCCCGAUUGAAACUUGCAAUUAAAUACCAUCAAAAAGAGUUUGUCGCUCAACCUAACUGUCAGCAGCUGCUUGCAUCACGCUGGUAUGAUGAGUUUCCAGGCUGGAGGAGACGACAUUGGGCAGUAAAGAUGGCGACAUGUGUAAUAAUAGGAAUACUUUUCCCUGUCUUCUCUGUGUGUUACUUGAUAGCUCCCAAAAGCAACCUCGGACUCUUUAUUAGGAAGCCGUUCAUCAAAUUCAUCUGCCACACUGCAUCCUACUUGACUUUCCUGAUCCUCUUAUUGCGUGCUUCACAAAAUAAAGAGAACACAAACCAUCCAGGACCUGCACCAGCCAGCAUUGAGUGGUUGAUAUUACCGUGGGUUUUGGGAAUCAUAUGGGCUGAGAUCAAACAGAUGUGGGAUGGAGGACUUCAAGAUUACAUCCAUGACUGGUGGAACUUAAUGGAUUUUGUAAUGAAUUCCUUAUAUUUAGCAACUAUUUCCUUGAAAAUUGUUGCAUAUUCAAAGUACAGUGUAGAGUAUUGCCCUCGCAAUGACUGCCCUCGCAAUGACUGGAACAUGUGGCACCCAACUUUGGUAGCUGAAGCAUUGUUUGCUAUAGCCAAUAUCUUUAGCUCCUUGCGUCUAAUCUCAUUGUUCACAGCCAACUCUCACCUGGGACCUCUGCAGAUAUCGUUAGGGAGGAUGCUUCUGGACAUUUUAAAGUUUCUCUUUAUAUACUGUCUUGUACUACUGGCCUUUGCCAAUGGUUUGAAUCAACUAUACUACAAUUAUGAUACAACGCUUAGUGAAAAUAAGAAUUGCAUUGGCAUCCGAUGUGAGAAACAAAAUAAUGCCUUCUCCACAUUAUUUGAAACAUUACAGUCCUUGUUCUGGUCCAUUUUUGGGCUCAUCAAUCUUUAUGUUACAAAAGUGAAACCUGACCACAAGUUCACAGAAUUCGUUGGUGCAACCAUGUUUGGAACGUAUAAUGUAAUCUCCCUGGUCGUUCUCCUGAACAUGCUAAUAGCCAUGAUGAACAACUCCUACCAACUCAUUGCCGAUCAUGCAGACAUUGAAUGGAAGUUUGCAAGAACCAAGCUAUGGAUGAGUUACUUUGAAGAAGGAGAGACGCUUCCUACCCCUUUCAAUAUUAUUCCUAGUCCUAAAUCCCUGUGGUAUUUUUUUAAGUGGACAAGGAGACAAAUAUGUAAGAAGAACAUAAGAAAAAAACCUGAAAGUUUUGGAGUCAUAGGUAGAAGAGCUGCUGACAAUUUUAGACGGCACAAUCAAUAUCAGGAGGUUAUGAAGAAUCUUGUUAAGAGGUAUGUUGCAGCAAUGAUCAGGGACGCCAAGACAGAAGAAGGAUUAACAGAGGAAAACUUUAAGGAACUAAAGCAAGACAUUUCUAGCUUCCGUUUUGAAGUUUUGGGCUUGUUAAAAGGAAACAAGUUUAAUCUUCACAACACAAAAAUGAGCAACAGUGUAUCCGAUUUCUCAGAUACAGAUGAGAACAGUAAACCAAAAGAGAAGAAAAGUAGAACACAGAAGAAGAACAACUUCAGUUUCUUUGACAUAACCACAAUUAUUCAUCCAAAAACAGCAGAGAUAGCAGCUGAUAAGCUUAAAACUGUGAGCAACGGGUCUGCCUUGUUGGCUACAGAUACUUCUAAGGAGAAACCGAAGAAAAUACAAUUUUCCAAAGACAUAAAAACCUUUGGACUUUUCCACAGACGUUCAAAAACCAGUAACUCAGAUGAGUUAAAAAGGAGUUCUGGCAAAAUAUACUCUGUUUCUGAGGAAGUUGGGGCAGAGCCAAUAUCUGAUCCAAGCAAAAAGACUUUUGAAACUGUGAAAGACCUAAAACUGAACUGCGAGUUAGAUGUUAAUACACUGGAUGAACAAUGCGCAGUAAGCCCAGGUGCGCUGGAUACCUCAGAAUGUCUACCACUGCAGCCUUUUCUCAGUUGCCACAGUCUUCUAGAAAGUCCAACGGACACAAUGAAUCAGACUUUGAAUAAAGACGUUCCGUCAGACACUAACGACACACAGGCAGAAACUCCCACAGACGAAAACUCUCUAACAAGACUGUGAUUAUAAAUCUCGGUGUACAGGAAAUAUAUAUUUUAAGAGUGUAUUUUUGAAUGUUUAAAUAAUCCUUUACAAACAUGGGCAACUUUAACCUUUUUAGGCACGAGAAUCAUUAAUAUAAAUUUAACCAUAUAUCGGAAAAGGAAUACACUGUAUGAAUGGUAUGCUUUGUGACGAGGAUUUACAUUGCUGUGUUCUGUAUAUUAAUAGACAUUGUCCUGGCAUUCAUGUAUUUCUUUUGCAAUAACCUACAGUAUUUAAAUGCAAAACAUGAUUGACUGAUCAGUCUAUAAAUACAUUUACAUUUCUAUGUUAGACUAUGCAAAAUAAUCAUAUUGGACUCAUAUGACAAAGCAUUCAGGCCACAGGUGUUGGUAAUAUUUACUGUAUCAUUACUUUAUUGCUUGUUAGGUGGUAUUUAGAGACGCCUACUGUAAUGUUAUUAUACAUAGUGACACUCCACGUUGAAUAGGACAUGUAGCUCAGGGAAUAUAAGAAAAUACUUUCUUCUUUGUACAGGGUGUUUUAUUGUGUAUUGCACAAAACUUUAAGGACGUAAAGGGUAUAAAUCACAGCUGAAACUAAACCUCUCUUGGUUAUGGGCAUCACUUGCAUGCCAGAUCUAAGGGAGUGGGUGUCUUGUAUUACAGUAUAAGAUUCUUUUUUUGGGGGUGUUAGCAUUAUGGGGUGUUGUGGUAGACCUUCUUUACUCUAUACUGCUUAUAAGGUUGUAGAUACCACUGGGAAUAAGAUAAGUGCGCUGAUGUGGGCUGAUGCUAACAGGUUACUUUUUUUCCUAAUAAUAACAACAGAAAAAAAUGAUCUCCCUUACUUACUGUAACCCUACUUAACCAUAGGAUCUUUUCAUGCAUAGGGUAAGAUUUAUCAACCUAAAGGGAACAAAUUGUGACCAGUCACAUUCCACCUAAUAUUUUAUAGACUGUACUAGGCAAAUGAUUAGUUGCUAUGGGCAACACCUCUACUUGUCCACUUUACAAGGAUUGAUAAAUCUGCCUUAUAAUGUUUGGUUGUAUUCUAUUGAACGCACUAUAAAACUUCUGUGUCAUGGAUGAAAAAUUUAUAUGUGUGAAAGGAAUGUUAAUAUGAAAUAUUAUUAUUUUAUUACCAGUUUCUUAUCUAGCGCAGCAAAUUCCUUUGCACUUUACAAUUGGAAACAGUGAAAACAAAACAAAAUUGCAAACGACAGUUAAAAAACAAGGCUGGGUAAUAACAGACAGUCAUAGAGGUAGGAAGGCCCUGCUUGCAAGCAUACAAUCUAUAGGGAAGUAGAUACUGUAAGUAUUUCUAUCAUUCAUUAAACACUAAGCAACAUAUCAAAAUAUUACAGAUCUUUGCUUUCCUUAAAACGUGGUUUGAAGUUAAAAAAAUAUAAUUUGAUAAAUUAACCAUUUAGGAUUUAACAAUACUUGCUUUGUUUAUCAACAAUUGAUGAACAUUGUAAAAUAUCUUUUGCUUCUAACUCACUGUAACAUCCAUGCACCAAAAGCUAAUAUGACAAUAAGUGUAUGUCCUUUCAAUCUGCACACCAUCAGUUGUCAUUGAUUUUUAGCAGCAGGAAAACUAUAUAAUGUCUGCAAUACAGUGAGGCUGAAUUGCCAACAUUCAGGCUAUUGUACAGUAUAGUUGAACUUUUGUCUGUUUUAUUUGCACAAAAUCCACACUUUCCUACCAUGAGUGCAUCAGAAAUGUAUGCAUGCAGUACGCUAAAAUGCAGCUUUUGAUACAUCCUACACUCUAUAACUGAAGAUGUGAAAUGAGAGAGCAUACGCUGAGUAUAGUAACAGUAUGUUAACAAAGCUGUGUUUGAAGUACUAGUAACUGGACACACGGUUACUCCUCUCAGGGGGAGAAUUACUUAUGGCUGCUGGAUAGCCAGUUAAACAAUACACAAAUAUGAGGAGGACUACACUAACAAGUGGCUUCCGAUUGGCUGACUGCUGGCUGUCUUCUAUAGCUAAUAGGACAUAAAUUAUUAGUAUGGCCACUGAAUAAUAUAAAGUUGUGGAAAUCUUUUUGCAUUACUUAAUUUAUAUUUUUGCUGCAUUUGGACUGUUUUUGCAUCUGAUUAAAUUUAAUUUGCAUUUCUAUUUUGUAUUUUAAUUUAUAUUUAAUUACAUCUUAUAUGGCGAAUGUGACUUCCAUAUUUAUUUUACACUAUUUCUGUUGUGCAUACAGUAUGAUACUGCAUUACCAUACUGUACACUAGGGGGGUCAUUCCGAGUUGUUCGCUCGCUAGCAGAUUUUAGCAGCAUUGCACACGCUAGGCCGCCGCCCUCUGGGAGUGUAUCUUAGCUUAGCAGAAUUACGAACGAAAAAUUAGCAGAAUUGCGAAUAGAAAAUUCUUAGCAGUUUCUGAGUAGCUCGAGACUUAGUCCUAUACUGCGAUCAGCUCAGCCCGUUUUGUUUCUGGUUUGACGUCACAAACACGCCCUGCAUUCGGCCAGCCACUCCCCUGUUUCUCCAGACACUCCCGCGUUUUAUCCUGGCACGCCUGCGUUUUUCCGCACACUCCCAGAAAAUGGUCAGUUUCCGCCCAGAAACACCCACUUCCUGUCAAUCACACUCCGAUCACUUCAACGAUGGAAAUUCUUCAGUCGGACGUGAGUAAAUCUACUAAGUUUUGAGCUAAAAUACUUAGCGAAUGCGCAUUUUCGCCUUAAUUGCUCCGUUGCGAAAAUCGGCAACGAUCGAACAACUCGGAAUGACCCCCUAUAUGCGGCAAUAAGUAAUGAUACUUAACAGAUUGAUGUAUCAGUCCAUUGUUUAUAAACGAUCCCUAUUGGUACAGUAUCUGCAUUGUUGAAAAUCUGCAUUUGCUGCAUCACCAUGGAAAUUAUAUUUGUGAUGUACAAUACCGUGCAAAAGUUUUAUGCAGGUGUGGAAAAAAUGCUGCAAAGUAAGAAUUCUUUCAAAAAUUGAAGUGUUAAUAGUUUUUUUUAAUCAAUUAUCAAGAUGCAAAGGGAAUGAAUAUAAGAGAAAUCAACCACCCUUUUCCUUCAUAACAGCAUUAAUUCUUCAGCUACACUUGCACACAGUUUUUGAAGGAAUUUGGCAAGGAGGUUGUUCCAAACAAAAUGGAGAACAAGCCAAAGAGCUUCUGUGGAUGUAGGCUUGCUCAAAUCCUUCUGUCUGUUCAUGUAAUCCCAGACAGACUUGGUGAUGUUGACAUCAGGGCUCUGUGGGGGCCAUAUCAUCACUUACAGUACUCCUUGUUUUUCUUUACACUGAAGAUAGUUCUGACAUUGGCUCUAUGUUUACGGUCAAUGUCCUGCUGCAGAAUAAAUUUGGAGGCAAUCAGAUCACUCCCUGAUGGUAUUGUAUGAUGGAUCAUUACCUGCCUGUAUUUCUCAGCAUUGAGGACACCAGUAAUCCUGACCAAGGGCCUAAUUCAGAGAUAGAUGCAACCUCUCCAUUUACAUGCAGUGGCACUGGCCAUAGUACGUGUGUGUGACCCUUCACCAUGCGAUCACAUCCCAGAAGGAUAUGAUUGUAUGGUGAUUGAUAGGUGAUGGGUGUCCAGGGGCGGCAACGUGGCAUGGGGGGGGGGGGGAGGGGGACAGGCUUCACAGGCAGGGGUCGACCUCUAUACAACAUGUUUGCAAUUAAAUGCUGGGUGCCCUUGCCCUGUACUGGGUAGCCGCCCAGCAUUUGUAUAUGGUUGCAGAUUUGGCUAUGAGAGUAAAAUCUAGUGAUGAGCACCGGAAAUUUUUCGGGUUUUGUGUUUUGGUUUUGGGUUCGGUUCCGCGGCCGUGUUUUGGGUUCGAACGCGUUUUGGCAAAACCUCACCGAAUUUUUUUUGUCGGAUUCGGGUGUUUUUUUUUUAAAAACCCUAAAAAACAGCUUAAAUCAUAGAAUUUGGGGGUCAUUUUGAUCCCAAAGUAUUAUUAACCUCAAUAACCAUAAUUUCCACUCAUUUUCAGUCUAUUCUGAACAACUCACACCUCACAAUAUUAUUUUUAGUCCUAAAAUUUGCACCGAGGUCGCUGGAUGACUAAGCUCAGCGACCCAAGUGGCCGACACAAACACCUGGCCCAUCUAGGAGUGGCACUGCAGUGUCACGCAGGAUGGCCCUUC